AUGGGCGGAAGCUGCGGGGACGCCGACGGCAGCGGCCCGGAGGGCGACGCGGCGCAGCUGGCGGCGCUGUUUGACCUGUCGCUGCUGAGAUUUCAGCAGCGGGACGCAUUGCUGGAGGCGAUCCAGCGAUACAGGCGGAGGGGACAGUACGACAUGGCAAAGGCGUGGGAGACGCGGUGUCGGCGGUGGUACGCCGACCGGUAUGACUCACGGCGCAACAUGGUGGACUGGGAUUACCACAUGCGCAUUGCGCCACGGGGGACGCCCGGCCUCGACGCCUCUCUUGGCAGCAUCAUCCACUUCUUCCACUUCAGGCACUGGCGCUCCUGCGGCGUGGCGCACGAGCUGAGGGACAGCGUGUAUGACGUCACCAACACGAGCCUGCUGUCCACUGCUCGCGGCCGCACCAAGGAGUUCAAGGAUAGGAACGGCAAGGAUGUCGGCCGCAGCGUCGAGGCCUAUGGCUACUGGGGCGACGUCGUCAACAGCCCAUACCACUGCUUCGGCACCACCGCGCCCCUCGCGCCCGACGCGGGGCUCUUCUCAACCUCCAACCGGCAGUUUUCCCACAGCGCGAUGGAUGUGGCGGAGCACAAUGUGAUGGCGAUGCUGCACAUGCUGCGCCAUGGAGAGCCGUACACAAGGGGAGCCCGGGACGACGCGGGCGCAAACAGCGGCGCCGGCGCCGGCGCUGGUGGCAGCCACCGGGCCCAUGCGGCGAGGGGUCCGACGAGCGCCGAAGUGCUCGCCGAGGCGGCGGCUGCAAGCAGGGAUGCGGCACGCGGCGACGGCAGCGGCGAGGUGCAGCAGCAAGAGCAGCAGCGGCAGCGAGAGUCGCAGCAGGGAGAGCAGCAGGGAGAGCAGCAGCGAGAGCAGCAGCAAGAGCAGCAACAGCAGGAGGAGCAUCAGGAGCAGCAGCAGCAGGAGGAGCAGCAGCGAACGGCAGACGCGCGCGAGCGCGCAAGAGCAGAGGAGGCCGCGCUGCGCGCCCGUGACGCCGCCCUCGACGCCGCGGCGUGGCGCCGCCUGCUGUCGCGCGCGCGCGUCCGCCUCGCGUGCGGCGACCUCAGGAGGGCCGUAACGGGGCGGCCGGCGCUCGCCGGGAAGUUCAGGGCCGCGACGCUCGGCCACAUGCACCUGCACUUAGCGGGUGCCGCCCACGGCGCCGCGGCCGCGCUCGCGCCCGGCGCGCCGCUGCUGAUUGAGGGGGCGCGCAACAUGGUGCAGCUGUCGGACGCGCAGGCCGCCGCUUUUGAAUGCAAGGCGGCCGAAAUUGCGGCCGCCGGCGGGUUUGGCCGCGCGGAGUGCGCGCCGCAGGCCGCGGCGGCUGGGUGCGGGCCGGCUGUGGGGCCUGUACCGCCGGGGCACAUCGCUUUCGUGCGGGUGGCGUCAGGGACAAGAGGAGAUGCAUGA